GGCCCCUGUACCGCCUCCUCAUGCUGCUGCCAGGCCCGUAAUCUGCCAUGGGCCCCUGUACCGCCUCCUCAUGCUGCUGCCAGGCCCGUAAUCUGCCAUGGGCCCCCGUACCGCCUCCUCAUGCUGCUGCCAGGUCCAGAGUCUCUCAUGGGUCCCUGUACGGCCUCCCAUUGCUGCUGUCUCCAUCGCCACACUCUGCCAUGUGCCACUUUCAGGUCUCCUCACACUGCUGGUGGGUUUCAUUUUUGUCAUAGGGUGCUGUAUGGCCUCCCAUUGCUGCUGCCUCCACCGCGCACACUGUGGCUCCACACUCAGGUUUUGGCCCCGUGACUGCCCAAAUGAGUGAAGUGUGCGGUGAUUCUAAGAUCGACGGCACUCAUCUGCAUGUCAUACUGACUGACAGUAUUAUUCUCUUCCCAGCAGACUCCAAGGGCAUUUAAAUUAAAGGUACAGUGUUCUGCACUAAUAUGA